CCCUUAGCUGAGAAAAGGGUUUUGGGAUUUUUAACCCAGUUUGCUUCCCUCAAACUCAGACUCAGGCUCAAAACUUUGAGUUUAGAACUUUUCUAUAGUUGUUCCCUUUUUCACAGCAUGAUUUCCUCAUUCGUGUGCUUGCUCCUUGUAGGACUACUGCAGGAGACCAUAAUGGCUGUCCAAAUGGACAAACUAGCAGAUCGUAAGGUUUGUGGAGAUGCCACAUGUUCACAUGUACUUUCCAUGGCCACAGCUUUGGAUGAUUUCAUUGCUCCAGAUUGCAGAUUCAUCAACAUUAAAAAGGGUCAGAUAGUUUAUGUGUAUUCAAAACUCGUACCAGCAGAUGGCACUGGAGUAUUCUGGUCUGGAAGUGUGUACAGUGAGCGAUAUGUGGAUCAGAUGGGUAGAACAGGAUAUUUCCCUGCAACCAUGGUAAAGGAGACCCAAAAGUUUGCAGAUACUACAAUUCGAAUGCGGACCACUGAUAUGGACUUCUAUUGCGAUUAGGGAACAGCAGGCUGAAUAUCUUACAUUUGUACCUUAACUGUCUUGCCUUUGUAAUUGUACUGUGCAUAGUGUUUCUGUUAGAUCCAUGAAUCACAUGAUGCUAUAUUAUAUUGUUAUGUACUGCAUUUAGCUAGAAUACCUUAGCCCCGUUGGUGUUUAAGAGUACAGUGCAAAUUUGAAGACCUAUUCUAAAAUAUGUGCGAUUUCAUAUCAGUAAAAAAACAAAAAAAUUCACUUUGUUCUUUACACAGAUUCAGUUUGGGUCAUUUAACUUUGGCGUGCUGUAGAUAUUGUGUGUUACCAAACUUAAUAUGCCAUAGUUAGCCUUCACAAUGGUCCAGAUUAUGGUUUUACAAGAGAUGUGUUGUAAUCAUUAAAUGUACUUGCUUUGUACUCAUAUGAGAACAUUUACCUAUAGAAAAUGAAUUGUGAAGUAAUAAGUUAACAUGACAUCAGAGAAAAGGAAAGGUCACAAAUCCUUAAA